AUGUCCGAGACAACAGCAGAGCAAACGGUCGUGGAGCAGUUCCACCUGCCACAACCUUUUUGGCCAACUACAAAAACUAAAGAAGGAGAGUAUGUUCCAAAGGAUUCAAUUAGAGAAGCUUCCAAGGUGUUUAUAGGUUCAGGUGUCUUACUUGGAGGUAUGCACUUCAGAAGGUUGAUGCAAUAUAAGAAAGGUUCUGCCAGACCAGGAUUGGCUAAAUAUUUGAAUUUGUUUUCCUUGAGCAAGAGCCAGUUGAUUGGAUUCCCUGUGGCCCUGGGUGCUUUUUCAUUCUUAUCUCAUUCUUUUGCCAAUUUGCAAGAGGGACAGACUGCCACUGGCGAGUUCGCAGCUAGCUCGAUUGCAUCUCUUAUCGGACUGUCCAUCUUCCGUACAAAGAAGCCACUUUCUUCCAAUGUGGCCAUUGCCGUUGGAAUGGGAUCAUUAUUUGGAUUCUUGACCUGGGCUGGAAACUUCAACUUGGGUGACAACUCUUAUAGAGCAGCUCUUGAAGCUGGAAAUGGUAACGAAGGUGGUUUCGACAACAAGGUUAUCAAAACCGAAAGGCAAGGUUUCUGGGAAGGUGUUUACAGAAGACCACUAUCCCAAACCGUUGAAGACUUGGGUGAGGGAAGAGGUAUUAUCACACAAUAG